UUGAUAGACCAAGGAGUACUACUGCAUUCGGGCUCAUAUUGUCGUGAUUUUUGGAAUUUACUUGAUGGUAUCGUCGUCUUUUGCGCUCUUGUCGCUUUUUCAUUUGCUGGCGCUGAAGGUUCAGCUGGCAAGAAUUUGAAUACUAUCAAAUCAUUAAGGGUACUACGUGUACUAAGGCCACUUAAAACAAUUAAACGAAUACCAAAACUAAAAGCAGUAUUCGAUUGUGUGGUAAAUUCGCUAAAAAAUGUUUUCAACAUUCUUAUCGUUUACAUUUUAUUUCAAUUCAUUUUUGGUGUGAUAGCUGUACAACUUUUCAAAGGGAAAUUUUUCUACUGUACGGAUAAAACGAAACGUUUCGCACGUGAAUGUCACGGACAGUAUUUUGUUUUCGAUAGUCCGGAUGAUUUGCCACGUGUUGAAACACGUGAAUGGCGUUUACGUCCGUUUAAUUAUGAUAAUACGGUGAAUGCAAUGCUAACAUUAUUUGUUGUAACAACAGGAGAAGGAUGGCCAAGUAUACGACAAAAUUCGAUGGAUACUACUGGCGAAGAUGAAGGACCAUUACCAUUUUAUAGGGUUGAGAUGGCGCUAUUUUAUGUAAUGUUUUUCAUCGUAUUUCCAUUUUUCUUCGUAAAUAUCUUCGUUGCAUUGAUCAUUAUUACAUUUCAAGAACAAGGUGAAGCUGAACUUUCUGAAGGUGAUCUUGAUAAGAAUCAGAAGCAAUGUAUCGAUUUUGCAUUAAAUGCUCGUCCACGAUCGUUAUUUAUGCCAGAGGAUAAGAAUUCGAUGAAAUAUCGAAUCUGGCGGCUUGUUACUUCGACCCCAUUUGAAUAUUUCAUUAUGGCAAUGAUUUGUUGUAAUACAAUUAUUCUAAUGAUGAAGUUCCAUGGAAACUCGGAAUUCUAUGAAAAAAUUCUACGUUUUUUUAAUACCGCAUUAACGGCAGUAUUCACGGUGGAAUCAGUCCUAAAAAUAUUAGCAUUUGGUGUUCGGAAUUAUUUUCGAGAUGGUUGGAAUCGUUUCGAUUUUAUCACCGUUGUUGGUUCCAUUACAGAUGCAUUGGUUACCGAAUUUGGUGGUCAUUUUGUAUCACUCGGAUUUCUACGUCUUUUUCGUGCUGCCCGUCUAAUAAGACUUCUACAACAGGGAUAUACUAUAAGGAUAUUAUUAUGGACGUUUGUUCAAUCAUUUAAAGCUUUACCAUAUGUUUGCUUACUAAUUGGAAUGCUCUUUUUCAUCUAUGCUAUUGUUGGAAUGCAGGUAUUUGGUAAUAUUUGGUUAGAUGCAACUACCGAAUAUAAUAGACAUAAUAAUUUUCAAUCAUUUUUUAACGCUAUCAUUCUUCUUUUUCGGUGUUCCACAGGUGAAGCAUGGCAGGAUAUAAUGAUGGCAUGUACGGCAGGGAAGUAUUGCGCGAAACCGAAUUCAUUUGAAAUUAAUUUAGCUAAAGGACCAACUUGUGGUACUCAGAUGUCCUACGCAUAUUUUACAACAUUUGUCUUUCUAUCUUCAUUUCUGAUGUUGAAUUUAUUUGUUGCUGUAAUAAUGGAUAAUUUUGAUUAUUUAACUCGUGAUAGCUCAAUUCUUGGACCUCAUCAUUUGGAUGAAUUUGUUCGAGUUUGGGCUGAUUAUGAUCCAGCCGCUACCGGACGAAUGCAUUACACGGAUAUGUACGAGAUGCUACGUAAUAUUACGCCACCGGUUGGAUUUGGCCGUAAAUGUCCGUAUCGUUUAGCCUACAAACAUUUGAUACGAAUGAAUAUGCCAGUAGCAGAUGAUGGUACCGUACAUUUUACAACAACACUAUUUGCAUUAAUACGAGAAUCGCUUAGUAUUAAAAUGAGACCUGUAGAAGAAAUGGAUGAAGCAGAUGAAGAGUUACGUCAAACUUUACGAAAAAUAUGGCCGUUAAAGGCGAAAAAGAAUAUGAUAGAUUUGGUGAUACCACCAAAUACAG